CUUGGCGUCGGGAUGACGCAGAGCGUCUGCAUCGUCAUUUGGAAGGACUCAUAGAACAACAUAUAAAGGAUUUCCUACCUUAUCGAAGCCCAUUUCUCCUUCAAGUCUUUUGAUAUUCCAAGUAUACUAUUAGAAAGCCAAAUUUCAUACUUUUCAGCGGCCAGAACCAUACUUCGCGCAGCCGACAUAUCUACACCCUCCGCAAGCCCGCACCAUAACACAUUUAACAUCGGAGUAUUAUCACCCCCAGCUGCUAUCCGGAAACCUCUGUCUGGUCCACACAUCGCCGAACAUGCCAUCGUCUGGCAACCACUACGAACGCGCCUUCGUGGUCAUCCCCAGGUGCGAAGAGGGUGGGGACAGCGCCAUAGAGGAAUUCGAUGGACACGUUGCGGAAUAUGACGAAGAUUACAGCCGCCGAUAUAUUCCUCGGCCGUCUCCCCAUCCUUUACCAGGGCGGAGAGGGCGGUUUAGCCGUGGGGGGAACAUGGACGACUACUAUGACGAAGAUUCCAACCGUCGAUAUACUCGUCGGUCGUCUCCCCCUCCUUCAGCAAGGCGAGAAGGGCGGUUUGGCCGCGGGGAGGAUGUAGGCGACUACUACGGCGAAGAUUCCAGCGGUCGAUAUACUCGUCGGCCGUCUUCUCCCCAUCGUCCUUUUGUGGGGUUUAGCGGUGCAGGGGAUUCAGACAACUACCGCCACGAAAGGCUUCCCAGAACGAGCAGGACAGUCAGUUACGAUAAAGAACUGGAUGACUACCAUCACAUAAGGCCUCCCAGACACAGCAGAACCUACCCCCACGAACCCCAGCCCCAGCGGUAUGAUGCGCCCUCUGCAGAGCCCUCGCGCUCAUAUGCAUCGCACUAUCCGGAAUUCUACAAUCCUCGGGUGGGUAUGCACCCAGUGGUUGUACGAGAAGGCCAUCACGAUCCGGCCGAGGCCGAAAGAGGGCGGCGCAGAUGUGAAGCGGAAGCACAAUGGCGGGAAGAGCCCAGACAGAGACAUGAGGCAACAAAUCGGGUGGAGCAAUGGUUGGCUCAGACCGAGGAAGAGGGCAGGCGAUGAUAAGCGGAGGAGCAAUCUCAUUUACGGAGCGAGCCUAUGCUCGAGGUUCAAAGUCAUAUGCAGGUAUUGAGCGAUUGGGGAAACCCAAUGCGGUGAUAAGGCGGGCGUAGCCUUCUUCCGGAGAGCAGACUCCCCGUGCUUUCUUAGUUGUA